GACUCAGAAGAAACAGAGAUCAAAGGGAGGGAAGGGAGAGAUGAGGUCGAGCUCGACAAUGGCGAAACUCAACUUGCAUACAGUUUUGGUAAUGGCUAUCGCCAUUUUUGCACUCUCUGCGUACGCAAUUGACGAUAAAUGCGCCGCCUGCAACGCGAUUGCUGAGGAGCUGGAGCGGGGACUCUUGAAUGAAAAACCUAGAAAUCAUUUGGACAUGAGACAUCGUUUGGACUCUAAAGGUCAGCGUGAAGGGAAGCUAAUAGAUUACCGAGUCAGCGAGUUAAGAGUUGUUGAACUCCUGGACGGGCUUUGUGAUAAUAUGCAAGAUUAUACUCUUGAGAAGGUGGAUUCUAGCAGACGCGUAUGGAUUAAAGUGAACAGCUGGGACAACCUCAAAACUAGUAAACAAGAAGCUCGAGCAUAUUCCAAAGACAUCUCAACUUUCUGCGGAAGGUUACUUGAGGAAACCGAAGAUGAGCUGUCCGAAUUGAUAAAGCAAGGGUCCGUUAAAGUAGGUGAAGUAAGCAAGGUCCUGUGCCAGGACCUUGGUAGAUACUGUAGCAAGACAAGCGGUAUCCAGAAAGCAGUCGACGAUGAUGACAUCAGUGACAGAGAACUCUAAGAAACCACACAUCAAAUCUAGGUAUUUUUGGCAGAGACUUGGAAGCUUCUUGAGAUGAGGUUCCGAUGUUACUCCAUCACUCUUAUUUAUUCUUUUGUUAGGGGAUUAAUGGCUACAAAGGGUUCAUAACAUGAUAUCAUUGAUGUCAUAGUGCAUUAAAUUUCAGAAACUUUUGUUCACUUCUGGAAUUUCACUUACACUUGAGGACUACGUUUCUCAUCA